AAGUGAAAGCGAAAGUGUCCACUCGGGUAUAAAACCUGUUGCCCUAGGAGCAGAAAGCAGACCCUGCCCUGGUGAACAAUGGCUUCGUUUCCUGAAGAGCCCAAGCCUGGAGACCUGAUUGAGAUUUACCGAAUUGGCUACUCGCACUGGGCCCUCUAUGUGGGUGAUGGUUAUGUGAUCCACCUGGCUCCCCCAGAUGAGUACCCUGGGGCUGGCUCCUCCAGCCUCUUCUCCGUGCUCAGCAGCAGAGGGAUGGUGAAAAGGGAGCUCCUGAGUGACGUGGUGGGGGGCUGCCGCUAUCGGGUCAACAACCACCUGGACCACGAGUACUCACCACUGCCCGUGAACAAGAUUAUCAGUUCUGCAGAGGAGAUGGUCGGUAAGGAGUUGGCCUACAGUGUUCUGAGCAGGAACUGUGAGCACUUUGUCACCGAUCUGAGAUACGGCAAGGCCCGCAGCCCGCAGGCAGAAAAGUUCGUGACCGGAGCAAGUGUGACCUUUGGAGCUGCAGUUGUGGCUGCUCUCGCCUGUUCUGUCAUGAAGAAGCGAUCCCAACACCAGUGACAGCCUGAAGGGGCACAAAACCCCACGUUAGAAGCCGCUGUAGAGAAGACCUCACACAGUCCUGUCCUCUUACCUGAGCUCUCGGGAAACCUGUCGUUCUGUCUCUCACUGUCCCUCUCUCACUGGCUGAAGGGUGGACUGAUUGUGACCAGACUGAGGAAUUCAUACGUGAACCUACCUAACCUCCAGGGAGGGGUUCCGCUGCUUCUGUGGCGCCUAAAGCAGAACGGAAGCACCUGGGCACCAGGUGGGGACCCAGCAUUUUCUAUCCGUGUGACCUGGGGAAAGCUUGGACUCUCAGAGCCUCAGUCCCUUCCUCUCUGAGCCGGGGGCCGUGAUCCACUCGAAGGUGCAUCAUGAGGAUCAGAUAAGGUGGUGGGUGGAGGACCGCAGGCCCUGUCCGGCCUGUAGCAGGUGCUCAAUGGAUUGUCUCCUUGUUCUCUGUAGACUGACCACUGUGCUCAGCAGCCGUCACUCAUUUACUCUCAUGGUGCAAAAAGAAACACACGGUUACUUCCCGUGCAGUCCCACCCUCUGUCCUUGAAUCCCCUGAUGAGGCAUAAACAUCUCCCAGCACCUUUCCAGUGCCUCCUACCUCCUUCAGCCAGCCCUCCUUUUUAGAAGUUUUGUUUUUCUUUCAUAUUUUUUUUCAGAGAGGAAGGAGAAGGAGAGAGAGAAACAUCAGUGAUGAGAGAGGAUCAUUGAUCGGCUGCCUCCUGCACAUCCCACACCAGGGAUUGAGCUGCAACCUGGGCAUAUGCCCUGAUGAGGAAUCGAACUGUGACCUCCUGGUUCAUAGAUCAACGCUCAACCACUGAGCCAUGGGGCUUAUUUUUCUUUUUCUAACUCAAAGGUCAACUCCUCACCCAUCUGUGACGACCACAUAGAAUUAAAUUAUCUUCCCGGGCCCAACUUGCCAUGGCUCAAGUUGCCCCUGGUUAAAUAUUGAAAUGAAUCACCUCCACUUUGAGGGCAGGGAAACUCCUGUGUGACAGUGUAAGGAUGGAUACGUGUCAUUAUAAUGUGUCCAGAUUCAUAGAAUGCACCACACCCAGAGCGAAUCUUGGGCAAACUAAGGUCUGUGGGUUGUUAUGAUGUGCUGAUGUAGGUUCUUCCGUUAUAACAAAAAUACACGCUCUGGA